AUGGCAACUCUCAAGUUUCUUCCAGUGUGGGCUAGUGUUAGUGUUACAUUCAUGGUUGUGGUGGUAGCAGCAAUGUUUACCUCAGCUGAAUCAACAAUCUAUGUUUACUUCAGUCGUGUUCCUCUACCGCGGUCCAGGUCUUCUAAUGCUGUUUUUCAGUUCCUAGUAGAAACUUUGGAUGGUUACAAUGCGUGUAAGAGAUAUAACUGUUCAUUUCAAUGUGAGCUUGAUGGCAAAGCGUACCCUUGCCAUGGUCAUGGCAUUGUGUUGAAGAACCUGACACAAAACCAGGAGCAUUACUUUCUUCUCAAUGUCACUACAAACAAAGGAGAAAGAAACUCAUCAGUUUACUCAUGGUUCAUAGAUACAAUACCUCCAACUGCAGCCAUUACUAGUGAAGAGACAUACACAAGUGGAAAAAGGGUAGCAAUUGAUAUUACAUUCAGUGAAGUAUGCACUGGAUUAGGUGGAUUCAAAUGUCAGAACUCAACAAACUGUGAUGUUCUGGUAGCUGGUCCUGCCCAGGUUGUUGCAUCUUCGUUCCAAAUUAUCAAACCAGGUUUUAAGUAUAGUCUUGACUUGAUUCUCUCCUCGAAAAUUGUGUACGGGCAUGCCGUGAUCUCGAUGGUGGAGAAUACUUGUGCUGACCAGGCUGGAAACAAGUUCAUGAGAACUAAUGGUUCUACUUUGAUUAUUCACUUUGAUAGAAGACCAGUAAUGGUGGAUUUUUGGACUUCUGUUCCAUCAUAUGAGUUGAAAAUUAACAGUAUCCCAAGAACUGUCAUUGCAACAUGCAAACCAGAGGACAUGAUAAUUUUCUUGGACUUCAGCAUUCCUAUAAGAAAUUCAACAGAGCAAAUUCUAAGUGCGCUACACGUUAACUCCAGUAUCUUAACCCCUUUCCAUGAUAGAAGUAACGAGGCACGCCGAUUUUCUUUCAUGCUCAAUAACAUCUCAAGAACUGAGAUUAUCACAAUUGAAUUACAAGCUACAUCAAUACUUGGAAGAACAGGCAUCCCUGUCUCUCCUGUUGCUCCGAUUACAUUCCUUUUCGAUUCCAUGAGACCUAGUGUGAUACUAAGGACCAGCUCCCUCAGUAGACCAAGGGAUUCUGACAUCAACAUCAUUGCCGAGUUCACAAAGCCGGUAUUUGGCUUCGACGCCUCUAUGAUAGAAGUCUUGGGAGGAAGAUUGACAAGGCAGGUUCAGAGAGAGUUACAGGAUCUAUCCAGAGCUUUGUACUCAUUGACAGUCCAUGCAGAAUCAGAGAAUGAAGUGUCAGUUACCAUUCCUGCAGGGAAGGUAACUGAUAUUUCAGGAAAUGAAAAUUUGGCAUCCAACCAACUUGUAUUCAAGCAUUAUUCUGCCCCUGCAAUAUGCAUUGCAUUGUACUCAUUUGUGAGUGCUGGAACAAUAGCAACAUCACUGAUAGCUGCAAUGGUUUUGCUUUCCUCUGCUAAUCUAGAAGCAAUAAGCAUACUUGCUUUGGGAGGUGCAAACUGUCCUACUUCCAAUCCAUCAAUGAAUCUAAAUGGAAUGGUUGGACACCUUCAAGUCUUUGCGCUUACAAGUUGGUUUUCAGCUGAUCAACCUGUCAAAUACUUGGAGACAACAAGAGGUCUACGGUGGCUCAUACCUCAUCACAAGCUUCCUUGGACAGAUUCCGACACUUCGUCUUCAAUAUCAGAAAAAGAGAACCUUUCAGGGAGAACUAAUGGCCUGUCAGAACAUAAUUCUCACAACAGAGAUCAUCAACUUCCAACUAAAAUUACCACCAGAUCGGGUUGGCUUCAUAAUCACCAGCAUAACAUAAGUAGGGAAAAUAUAGUUUAUGGUCUACCUCUCAGUUCCAUUGAAUAUUUCAGUUAUUUCUUGGUGGCAGGACAUGGAGAUGAACUUAUUCUGGCUUGGCAUAGGAGGAGGGUGUUUAAUUUUAGCUCAUGUUUUCAUAAUUUUAUUCCUCCGGCGGAGGACAGGGAAGCCACCUCGGGGCAGUUUUUCAGUUCCUAG